ACCUGUUGCAUUUGCAAUCUGUAGCUUGACUGUUGCACAGAGUGCACUUCCAGCUGUAUCCAGGAGCACUCACUUCCCCUACUGCGGAUUAUCAAUAGAGCACUCACUGAUCACAAUGAUGCCCUCUGCUCGCAACCAGCCCCUGCAAGAUCACAAGAGUUCAUGAAGAUCUGUGCUCUGUUAUAUCUUCUUGUCAAUUAAAAAUAAGGAGAGUUCGCUUCCAUAUAGAUAACCAGAUUUAUAUGUGGAUUAGGCGUGGGGGUAUAAUUUACUGAAGAUUAAAGAGAACUCGAGUAACAAGAUGGCCGUGAUGCGGCUGCCACUGUGGAUGGUAAUCUCACUAGUUAUACAAUGCACAAGUUGUCAGAUCGCUGCAGAACAGGGUGCAUACUUUCUACCUGAAUUUGCCCUGUCCCCACAAGGGAGCUUUCUUGAAGAUACAACAGGAGAGCAGUUUCUUACUUACCGUUAUGAUGAUCAAACAUCCAGAAUUACGCGCUCUGAUGAUGAUAAAGACAACGGAUGGGAUGCCUGGGGAACCUGGAGUGAUUGUUCUCGCACCUGUGGAGGAGGAGCCUCGUAUUCUUUGCGGAGAUGUUUGAAUGGCAGGAGCUGUGAAGGUCGGAAUAUUCGGUACAAAACAUGCAGCAAUAAUGACUGCUCUUCUGAUGUUGGGGAUUUCAGAGCACAGCAGUGUUCAGCAUCAUAAUGAUGUCAAGUACCAAGGGCAGAUUUAUGA